AAAAAUAAAAGUGAAAGUAAAAGUGAAGCGUUUUGCAUAGGUUGCGUCCGUUUGACGGCAGAAAAGACCUGCUGACCAUGGACAGCCCUCCUGAAUCCCUCUCCUCUGACCCAGCUAAGGCCCCUGAGCCAGCAGAGAGUGAGCAGACACAAGAUUGUCCACUGAGGUGCAGUGCAGGAGAGUUAAGCCCUGAUUCAAGGGUCCAGCGAGCAGAAUCUCCAACGUUCAGCUGCAUCACAGUGAAGAGUGACCGCUCCAUGGAACAGCCAUUCCAGUUCAGCAAAGGAGAUAGAACUGAGGAUCCAAAGGUCCAGCGAGCAGAAUCUCCAACGUUCAGCUGCAUCUCAGUGAAGAGUGACCGCUCCAUGGAACAGCCAUUCCAGUUCAGCAAAGGAGAUAGAACUGAGGAUCCAAAGGUCCAACGAGCACAAUCUCCAGUAUUGAGCUGCCUCUCAAUGAAGAGUGACCGCUCCAUGGAGCAGCCAUUCCAGUUCAGCGAAGGAGAUAGAACUGAGGAUCCAAAGGUCCGGCGAGCGGAAUCUCCAACACUCAGCUGCCUCUCAGUGCAGAGUGACCGUUCCAUGGAGCAGCCAUUCCAGUUCAGCGGUGGGUUUGUUGCUGAACCUAGUGAAAGCCUGGUGUCUAACAACAUUCAUACAACAGAAUGUGUGGAUUACAGGACACAGGACACAGAUACCAGACAGAAUGAACAGUUGCAAACAGCACAAGAGGCUGUUAAAGCCAAGAUGAAGACAAGGUUCCAGAUCAUAUCUGAAGUGAUUGCAAAGCAAGGAGACCAAACCCUCCUCAACAAUAUUUACACAGAGCUCUACAUCACAGAGGGGGAGAGUGAGGGGGUCAAUACCGAACACGAGGUGAGACAGAUUGAGACAGCAUCCAGGACACAGAUCACACACGACACUGCGAUCAACUGCAAUGACAUCUUUAAACCUUUACCUGGACAAGAAAAACACAUCAAAACUGUGCUGACAAUGGGGAUCGCUGGUAUUGGAAAAACAGUCUUUGUGCAGAAGUUCAUUCUGGACUGGGCAGAAGGGAAAGCCAAUCAGGAUGUUCACUUCAUAUUUGCUCUUCCUUUUCGGGAGUUGAAUUUGCUGAAGCUGAAACAAUUCAGUCUAAUGGAGCUUAUUCACUAUUAUCACCCAGAGCUGGACAAGGUCGAAAGCAUUGAACAAGAUGAAGUCAAAGUUCUGUUUAUUUUUGAUGGUCUGGAUGAGUGUCGACUUCCUCUAGAUUUCCAAAACAACGAGCGUUGGUGUGAUAUAACUGAGUCAACAUCAGUGGACGUGUUGCUGACCAACCUCAUUAAGGGGAAUCUGCUUCCCUCUGCACUCCUCUGGAUCACCACCCGACCAGCAGCAGCCAAUCAGAUCCCUCCUGAGUGCAUACACCAGGUAACAGAGGUGCGAGGGUUUAAUGAUACACAGAAGGAGGAGUACUUCAGGAAGAGAGUCAGUGAUGAGAAAACAGCUGACAGAAUUAUCGCACACAUUAAAUCAUCAAGGAGUCUCUACAUCAUGUGUCACAUUCCAGUCUUCUGUUGGAUUUCUGCUACUGUUAUGGAGGCAACGUUAAAUGAAGAAGACAGUGGAGAAAUCCCCAAAACUCUGACUGAUAUGUACACACACUUCCUGCUGCUUCAGACUACUUUGAAGAAUCAGAAGUAUCAGGUGAGAAAGGAAACCACUCCACAAGGUCUGCUGCAGUCAGACAGAGAGAUGAUAAUGAAACUGGGGGAGCUGGCUUUCCAACACCUGAAGGAUGGCAAUCUCAUAUUCUAUGAAGAAGAUCUGAGGAAGGUUGGCAUUGAUGUCAGUGCAGCUUCUGUCCACUCUGGGCUGUGCACAGAAAUAUUCAAAGAGGAGUCAUUUUCAGAGAUGUACCGAGGCAGAGUGUUCAGUUUCAUACACCUGAGCAUCCAGGAGUACCUGGCUGCUCUGUAUGUGUUCGUCUCCUACAGAACCAGCAAGACAAAUCUGCUUGACCAAAGCCCCACUGAGAAGGCAAACAGGCGCUCUGAGGAAACCUCUUUAUUUAACUUGCACAGGAUGGCUGUGGAUCAGGCCUCACAGAGUCAGAGUGGGCACCUUGACCUUUUCCUCCGGUUCCUGCUUGGCCUCUCUCUGGACUCCAAUCAGAUUCUCUUACAAGGCCUGACAGAGACAGGAAGCAUCAUUGGCACAGUGAGCCCUGUCUUUCGCAGUCUGCAGUCCCAACCACAAAGCACCUCAAAGAGCACCCAGAAAACGCUACAGUACAUUAAGGAGAAUAUCAAGAAGAAUCUCUCUGCAGAGAGGACCAUAAAUCUUUUCCACUGUCUGAAUGAACUGAAUGACAAUACUCUAGUGAAGGAAGUCGAGGGAUUUCUGAGCUCAGGAGGUAUUGACAGAAGCAAACUCACACCCACACAACUUUCGGCUCUGGUCUUUGUGUUGCUGAAGUCAGAAGAGGAUCUGGAUGAGUUUGACUUCGGAAAGUACAAAAGAUCAGAGAGCGGGUUCCUUCGUAUGCUACCAGUGGUGAAAUUCUCCAGAAAAGCUCUGUUGCAACAGUGUAACCUCACAGAGAAAUGUUGUGAUGUGCUGGCCUCAGCUCUCAGCUCAAACCCCUCUCACCUGAGAGAGCUGCAACUGAGUGAAAAUCACCUGAAGGAUUCAGGAGUGGAGCUGCUCUCUGCUGGACUGAGGAAUCCACACUGCAGACUGGAGAUCCUGGGGUUACAAGGGUGUAAACUCACAGAGAAAUGCUGUGAUGCGCUGGCCUCAGCUCUCAGCUCAAACUCCUCACACCUGAGAGAGCUGCACCUGAGUGAAAAUCACCUGCAGGAUUCAGGAGUGGAGCUGCUCUCUGCUGGACUGAGGAAUCCACACUGCAGACUGGAGAUCCUGGGGUUACAAGGGUGUAAACUCACAGAGAAAUGCUGUGAUGCGCUGGCCUCAGCUCUCAGCUCAAACCCCUCUCACCUGAGAGAGCUGGACCUGAGUAACAAUCACCUGCAGGAUUCAGGAGUGGAGCUGCUCUCUGCUAGACUGAGGAAUCCACACUGCAGGCUAGAAAUACUGAGGAUGCAAAGGUGUAAACUCACAGAGAAAUGCUGUGAUGUGCUGGCCUCAGCUCUCAGCUCAAACCCCUCUCACCUGAGAGAGCUGCAGCUGAGUGACAAUGACCUGCAGGAUUCAGGAGUGGAGCUGCUCUCUGCUGGACUGAGGAAUCCACACUGCAGACUGGAGAUCCUGGGGUUACAAAGGUGUAAACUCACAGAGAAAUGUUGUGAUGCGCUGGCCUCAGCUCUCAGCUCAAACCCCUCUCACAUGAGAAAGCUGUACCUGAGUGAAAAUCACCUGCAGGAUUCAGGAGUGAAUCAGCUCUCUGCUGGACUGAGGAAUCCACACUGCAGACUGGAGAUACUGCGGUUGCGAGGGUGUGAACUCACAGAGAAAUGCUGUGAUGCACUGGCCUCAGCUCUCAGCUCAAACUCCUCUCACCUGAGAGAGCUGGACCUGAGUGACAAUGACCUGCAGGAUUCAGGAGUGAAGCUGCUCUCUGCUGGACUGAGGAAUCCACACUGCAGACUGGAGAUACUGAGGCUAUGGCUGUGUAAACUCACAGAGAAAUGCUGUGAUGUGCUGGCCUCAGCUCUCAGCUCAAACCCCUCUCACCUGAAAGAGCUGCACCUGAGUAACAAUGACCUGAAGGAUUCAGGAGUGAAGCUGCUCUGUGCUGGACUGAGGAAUCCACACUGCAGACUGGAGAUACUGAGGAUGCAAAGGUGUAAACUCACGGAGAAAUGCUGUGAUGUGCUGGCCUCAGCUCUCAGCUCAAUCCCCUCUCACCUGAAAGAGCUGGACCUGAGUUUUAAUGACCUGAAGGAUUCAGGAGUGGAGCUGCUCUCUGAUGGACUGAGGAAUCCACACUGUAAACUGGAGAAACUGAGUCUGUGUAAGUGUGGCGUCACAGAGACAGGCUGUGCUCACCUGGCCUCGGCUGUGUGUUCAAACCCCUCACACCUGAGAGAGCUGAAUCUCAGAGCAAAUGACUUGCAGGGGGGUGAAGAGAAGCUCUUCUCUGCCAUACAAAAUGAUCCAGGAUGCAACUUGAGUGUGUUGCUGGAAUAGUGAAGGAGCUGCAGAUAAACCAGGCAGCAGAAAUUUUACAGAUUCCUUUUUUGAUUCUCAAAUGAAGUGGCACGUGAAGAAUGGAUUAUAUUAUUAUCCUUGUCAGUACAAUAAGUACAGUACAGUAUGUUCUUUCAAUACCUCAUACUGUACUGUCCUGUUCACAUUACAAGAACUUUGAGGGCCGCGACCAGUUUAAACCUGUAAAUUCUCAGAUCACAGCAUCAGCUGGAAACCUCCACUCAGUUAAUAUAUGUCAAACCGGUAGGGGGCUGUCCUCCCGAAAAUGUGGUUUGAGGUGGGUUUAAGAGGUUGGUUGAACUUACUGUAAAAUAAAGUUUCUUCCGACAAGUUAAAUAUAUACUUCAAUAUAUACAGAAGACCUGGCAGUAGUACUAAAAUGAAUGAAACAGUUGAAGGUUGAUUCAUGAAGAGAUGCUGAUAAUUGCGGGUGGCUAAGUUAAGAGGAAUAAAUCAAUAAUGAGGAUGAUGAUGUGGCUAUCGAACUAGUGUGUC